UGUGUAGCAAUCCUACUUUCACCAGGGUUUCCAACAGCAAAAAGACAGGAGCAACAGGAAGAAGGAACCAUUUUCUAUUUUUUGGAAGACUUUUAAAGAAACACAGUAGGAGCAAUAAAAUUCACUUUUAUGUUUGACAUCACAGAAAGCAGAAAAGCUGUCCUAAAAUGUGUUUCUUUGUGCUUUUCCAGAAGUAGUUUACGCCAUCUACAAAAAUAUAUCACUUCUUACCUUCUUCAGUAAAAUAUUUAUAAGUUGCCAGGAAAUAAUGCUCUGUGCAGUUUUUUCUGUUAGAAAUGAUGCAUGGUUUGGGGGAGUAACAGAGCCAUCCGAUUCCCAACCGGACCCUUACCACCAUCACUGACAAGCAUGACACGAAGCUAUUAUUAUCUCAGGAACUGAAAUGGCCAAAGAAAUCCAGAAAGAAAUACAGCGAAGUGUGGCAUCAUGGAUUUCCCUUGGGAACAGAAGACCUCACCUCAGUAUCAUCUUGGUGGGCGACAACCCAGCGAGCCACACGUAUGUCAGGAACAAGAUGAGGGCUGCCUCUGCUGUAGGGAUCUGUAGCGAGCUCAUUCUAAAACCUAAAGAUGUUUCUCAGGAAGAACUUUUGGAUAUAACCGAUCAGUUGAACAUGGACCCAAGAGUCAGUGGUAUAUUGGUACAGUUACCACUGCCAGAUCACAUAGAUGAGCGAACAAUUUGCAAUGGAAUUGCCCCAGAAAAAGAUGUAGAUGGAUUUCAUAUUAUCAAUAUCGGAAGGCUGUGUCUUUAUCAGCAGUCUCUCAUUUCUGCUACUGCCAGCGCCGUUUGGGAAAUAAUCAAAAGAACAGGAAUUGAAACAUUUGGGAAAAAUGUGCUUGUGGCUGGAAGAUCCAAGAAUGUAGGAAUGCCCAUCGCCAUGUUGUUACACACGGAUGGAGAACACGAGCGGCCGGGAGGUGAUGCAACUGUGACAAUAGCGCACAGAUAUACCCCCAAAGAACAAUUGAAGAUCCAUACUCAGUUGGCAGAUGUUAUCAUAGUAGCUGCAGGUAUUCCAAAGUUGAUUACAUCUGAUAUGGUCAAGGAAGGUGCUGCUGUAAUUGAUGUGGGUAUCAACUACAUCCAUGAUCCAGUGACAGGAAAGACAAAAUUAGUUGGAGAUGUGGAUUUUGAAGCUGUGAAGAAGAAAGCCAGUUUUAUCACUCCAGUUCCAGGAGGUGUGGGACCCAUGACAGUGGCGAUGCUUCUGAAGAACACCCUGUUGGCAGCUAAAAAAAUCAUUUACUAGAUCAUGUGAAAGAGUAAAUAAAGCAAAGUCAACUCAUGCAACUUAUUUAUUUGACAAAGGGCAAACACCUUUAUAUUUUACUACGAAGUCAUUUAUUUCUACAUUGUAUUUAUUUUUUCAUGGGUGGAAUCAAUCAUAUGAUUUACACAACUUUAUGCACUCCUGGCAAUAGAUUUUGAGUUUUAGGCAAAACCAAAACAAAUCCAAUGAAAAUUUUGGUAAUGAUUGUUUACUUUGUGGAUAUCUGUUCAUAAGGCUAAUAAAGGGCUCAUAAGAAAAAUAUAUUUUUGACACACUAAAUGUCACACAAUAUGUUUUCAACAAAUGUUUUGUCAGUCAAAUGGGCACCUGUGUAAAAUGUAAUUCAGGUUUACCAUAGCGUGAUUAAUUGCUGAAAAAGCACUUUCUUGUGAAAAGAGAGAUGGGAUAUUGAAAAUAACAUCUGGAUAUCCUCUACUAAAUGCAUCCCACAAGGCUAUGCUAAUGCAAAAUGAUGUUCUGGUUAAGGAAAGAAAAAUAUUCAAGGAAGAUGAAAAAGGAAAUGCUACUUUGAAAAGUGAUGAUACAACAUUGUGAAUGACUAUUUGCCAUUGUAAAAAAGUACAUGGAAAAUGGAUUAGGUUUACACAUCACAUUUCUUUCUUCAUCUAAAUAUAUUUGGGCAAUACCUUUACUGUGUAACCAUGGAGAAAAAUCUAUAAAUAAAUAGACAAAACAAAACUAAGAUUGUACUUUCCCACAUAUAUCAAACAAACAUGUUACCUCGGUUCAUUGGAAAAGUCAGGAUGCAUUUUUGCAUAGAAAAAGAUGUCAUGGCUUUCCAAUGACCCCAUAGUAUGAGGGUAUCCAUCGUUAAAGAACUGUGUCUGUAAAAAUGUCAAAAACAAAACAAAAAACUGGCUCUUCUGUUUGUUCCCAAAAAUCAAUAGGAAAAUCUGAUACUUACAAUAUGCCAAAACUAAACCUUGGCUUACAGCUAAAAAAUCCAUUGUUGUGCAUGGUUCCAAUGGCAUUUGAUUCUCACCACAGAUGUAAUCUUUCUAACACAAUUUAAAUUAGGAAAUAGUGAAUGUUGGUGGAAGGCUCUUUUGAAAUGACAACAACAUAACUGAUACUGUGUUUUCUUGCCCAAACUCCUGUAUGUUUAUGUACCAAUAGUGAUUCUUACUUGAUGCAUGUCUUUAUCAGUGAGUAUUCUUGACUCUGUGUGUGAAAAUUGACUAAUGUUUAUAAACAUUUCAUGUGUACAAAAAAAGCAGUUUGAAAAAUAGCUGUGUUCUUGUUCCUUAAGAUAGCUAUGAAUUUCUUUAUACAUAUAUUUGUUACCUGUUUCUUUAUUGCUUGCCUGAGAAAUGUACAGGUUUCUCAAACAUGAAAGAGAAAGCUCUGUAACAUAUUCCAGAAUCUCUUUAUGCUAAUUUUUGUCUGAUAACACUGGCAGAAUUUUAAAUUCAAAGCUCCCAGCCAAACAGUUCAGAAGGAGCUUCUUUAGUUUUUCAGGGGUUCUUGUGAUAUGAGACAUCUGUUUAGUCUUUUUCCAGUUUCCAGACACACAACUACUAAAAUCCUUGGAGUCUCCAAAGUGAUACCUUUUUGUUUACCACUGAGAUGCCUUUUGACUGGCCACCCCAAGGUGGCUUCAGGAUGGGGCUUGGUUAUACCAGAAUGACCAAGGCAGGAUUAGAGGGUUGGCUUCAGAUCUGUAGGGAGAGAGAGAAACUGAAGGUUAAGAAUAAAGUUAAGUUGAUCAGUAAUGGCAUGUUGUAAUCAAUUAUGCCUAUGUCAUGAAGCCUAUGUAAAAAACCCACAAGCACAGGGUUCAGAGAUAUUCUAAGUACUAGAAAGUAUGGAGGUUUCUAGAGGACAGUGUGCCCAGAGAGGGCAUGGAUGGUCCGUGCUUCUUCCUACAUGCCUUGCCCCAUGCAGCUUUUCCUUUCUGUAGUAUCUUUUACAAUAAACUGGUAAACCUAAGUGUUUCCCUAAGUUCUGUGAGCCAUUCUAGCAAAUAACUUGAAUCCAAGGAGGGAAGGUGGCUGUGGGAACCCUGACUUAUAGCAAUUGGUCAGAAGCACAGGUCAAACAAUCUAGGGCUUGUAACCAGUAUUGGAAAUGGAAGAGAGCAGUCUUUUGAGACUGAGCCUCAACCUGUGGCAUCUCAUGCUGUCUCUAGAUAGUGUGAGAAUUACAUUGAACUGGAGGAUACUCAGCUAGUGUCUACUGCAGAAAUGAUUGCUUACUUACUAUGUGAGAAAAGCCAAACAAACAAUUAAAAAAACACACAUCUGGCCAGAGAAGUAUUCGGUGUUGAUUGUUGAAAGUGUUGGAGACACUGAGUUUGUUUUCUUCUUGUGCACUCAGGAAUCUUUAACUUCCAAAAUAAAUUAAAUGACCAAAAGUAUAUGUAUGUGGAAAAUGUGAAGACUGGGAUUUUUGAGCCUGCAACCCAUAUGGUUCAGGAGUGGUUAUUUUGGAAUGAUAGUCAGAAGUCAGCCUUUCCGGAGACUAAUUAAAGUACUGUAGGAGAAAAAUUAUUCUGACACAAUUAUUCCUGUUUAAUAUGCAAGGAAAACUUUUUUCAAGAUUAUUAUAAUGGAAUCAAGACUAUUGUA